AUGUUCAUCCAGAUGAAAGAGUGUAUGCCGAGGAGCACGGAGUCAACGAGCCGCCCGUCGACUUCGCAAGAUCAGCCGGUACUCGUGCCAGAUUUCGAUCUCAAAAAGAACAAGUACAAGGUAAGCGCCUCGCAGUUGUAAUUGUCCAUAAAUUUGUCGGCACACAUUUCACAUUUGUGAAUUCGGUCGUUUGCAGAAUAUUUAUUUCGCCAGUACCGUACUCCAGCAGCUCCGCACUCUCAGAGACAAAGACGUCCUUUGCGAUGUCACAUUGGUGAGAAUUUACGGAAAUUCUGGAAAAGGAAGAAAUUAUUUGAGGUGUGUGGGUGGAAGCGAAUCAAUGCUCAUCGUCUGGUGCUCUCCGCCUGCUCCGGAUACUUUUUGUCAAUGUUUACCUCUCAAAUGUCGGAGUGUUACAUGAGUGAGUCCAGGAAAUAGAGAAAAUCAGACGAAACUAGAUAUCCUUCCAGAAGAAGUGAAUCUUGAGGACAUUGAUCCACUAACACUGGAGUCCCUCGUCGAGUUCUGCUACACGGGAUGCAUUGAGAUCAACGACGUGAACGUGCAGGACAUCCUCCCGGUCGCCUGUCUUCUACAGCUCCAGGACGUCCAGAAUUCAUGCUGCGAAUACCUCCGAAAGCAGUUGGAUCCGUCGAAUUGUCUCGGGAUUCGCGCCUUCGCGGACACGCAUGCUUGCAAAGAACUUCUCAGUUCGGCCGAUGAGUUUGCACUGAAGAACUUUUCGAGCAUCGUCGGAAAGGAAGAAUUCCUUCUGCUGACAGUGGAGAGUCUCACUCAGAUAAUCAAAAGCGACCGCCUGAAUGCGGCGUCCGAAGAGCUCGUGUUCUCCGCAGUCAUUCAAUGGGUCCGGCACGAUAUUCCUACUCGGAAACCGCAUCUUUCCAUGGUGAGCCCUUUCGCUCGCAUCCAUUUUCGCAUUUAUUUUUGCAUUUAAUUUCAGCUCCUCUCCCAUGUCCGUCUUCCCCUGUGCACUCCAAAGUUUCUGGUGAGCGUCGUCAGUGAGGAAAUCCUUGUCAAGUCGGACCCGGCGAGUCGGGACCUCGUGGAUGAAGCCAAGAAUUAUCUGCUGCUGCCGGUGGAACGCCCCAACAUGCAAGGACCGCGGACUAGGCAUCGGAAGCCGUUGCAAGUAGCCGAAUGGCUUUACGCGGUCGGCGGAUGGUGCAGUGGGGACGCGAUUGCCUCGAUCGAACGGAUGGACCCACAACAGACGGGAAACUCGGGCAAUGCGUGGAAGUGCAUGGCUCCGAUGGGCAAAAGAAGGUGCGGAGUCGGAGUGGCAGUGCUCGAGAAUCUGUUGUACGCGGUCGGAGGGCACGACGGACAAUCCUACCUGAACAGCAUCGAGAGGUACGAUCCGAUGACGAACCAAUGGAGCAGCGAUGUUGCCCCAACUGCCACGUGUCGGACGAGUGUCGGAGUAGCGGCAUUCAAUAGAUAUCUGUACGCAGUCGGAGGCCAGGAUGGAGAGAGCUGCCUGGAUGUGGUGGAAAUGUAUGAUCCGAGGAGAAACGAGUGGACAAAGGUGGCCAGCAUGGGGACGAGACGACUCGGAGUGUCGGUCUCAGUGCUCAACGGAUGUUUGUACGCGGUCGGCGGAUCGAACGGAUCCGCCCCGCUCAACACAGUAGAGAGAUACGAUCCCCGGAUCGGUAAGUGGGAUGAGGUUCGUCCGAUGCUCACAAGACGGAAGCACCUCGGAACGGCCGUCUACGACGGAUUCAUUUAUGCGGUCGGCGGAAGGGAUACGGCGACGGAGCUGAACACCGUGGAAAGGUAUAGUGCGGAGAAGAACGAAUGGCAGCCGGUGGUGGCGAUGAACUGCCGGAGAAGCGGCGUCGGAGUGGCAGUCGUCGGAGACAGAUUGUUUGCAAUCGGAGGGUUUGACGGACAGACGUAUUUGAAGUCGGUCGAAGUGUUCGACAAAGAGACAAAUCGCUGGAAGAUGCACUCGCAGAUGUUUUACCGAAGACUGGGCGGAGGUGUUGGAGUCGUGCGGUUGGCGGAUGAUCGGGAGAGCGGAUCGGAAGGAAGACACCGGAGUGACGUAGCAAACUGAGAAAUCAUACUUGACCUUGUCUGUUAAAUUAGCUGUAUAAAGAAUCAAUUAUUCCAAUUUAGAAUUCCUCUGAUGUACGAUUCAUUGGUUCACUCUCACGCCGUCUUUUCAUAAGUUCCAAAGCAUAAUGACACCUGCAAAAUGUUAUGAUUUCACCCGUCGCUUUCAAGGAACGCCGGCCGUAAUGUGUAUUUUACGAGCGGCGAGUUGAAGCAUAUGUGCUGCAAGAGAGCUCUAUUGAGAAGGCAUUGACGCUGUUUAUCGCGUUUGUACACUGGCACCGUGCCAGCUACACAAAUCGAGUCGCUUCGCAGCCAAUUCAAACGAGCGAUUUUUCCUUCGAAAUUCAAAGUUUGUUUACGCUUCAGCACGCGGCGCGCGGACAAACGACCUUGUUAUUGCAUAGAAGCUUUUCUACCGUAAGCACGAGUUGGCUGCGCGACAAUAACUCAUCGCUUUUUGACAGUAGCGGGCGUGUGGCGGCGCUGUCUUUGGAGCAGAGCAAUUAGUAACCGGAGGAGACCAUCUGCCACUCCGCCCGCGCGAUCCAACGAAAUAUAAACUUAUGCCGUCUCUCGCGCGUACUCUUUGUGCUCUGAGAGUAAUUCGGUGCUUGUUGUCAUGGAUAUGCCAGACGCGCAUCUCCUUUAAUAAUGUGUCGGACUCGCCGGGUCUUUUGCUGCGCCCUCUGCUCUGGCAAUUCGAUAUUAAUCUAAUUAGAAAGUUACUGAUCUAAACGCGACCUAAUUAGAUUGGACUGUUUUUUCUUGGCGCAAUCGAGAUUUGAGCCAGCAGACGGUUGGCGUGAAACUUGAUUUGAGCACAUAUCAAUCUAAUUAGAAGAUUUAUUAAUCUAGCUAGACAAUUUAUUAAUCUAAUUAGGUGUCAUAUCAAUCUUAUUAGGCCGCCGUAGAACUCGAGUACACUACGAUUAGAUUAAUAACGAAAUGCCAGAGUGCGCUCAACCGACUGAUAGCGAAAAAUACUGUUGAAAAAAGGUUCGACAUUAGAAUCGGAGUUGGCAGCGAGCCAAGGACACUCCCCCCAAAUAGUUUUCGUUGCAACUGCCGCACGCUAUUUGGAGGCCGUGUCCUUGGCUCGCUGCCAACUCCGAUUCUAAUGUCGAACUUUUUUUUCAACAGUACUCGGUUAACCAGUUUGAAUACUGGUGAACAACUGGUUUUCUUCGGCGAAAAAUCGGCGAGACGAUUUUUUCCGGUUUUUUAAGAGCGCACAUGUGCGUGGCUUCCUUUCUCCGUCUAUCUCACUCUCCUCUUUUACUUCUUCCAUGGGCUUAUGAGAAGGUUUUUUGAAACAAUUUUUAACUAAAAAAGCUUGAAAAUUAGAUGAAAUAUUGCGCCGUUAAAUAAUUUGAAUCUUUGCACAAAAAAAUACUCAUAAUUUCUGGCGGGUAUUCAAACUUUUUAAAGGCGCAUGCAUUUAAAGCGUCGGGUCUCGCAACGAACAUGAUUCAUGAACUGGGAAAAACAUGUUUUCUGGAUUUUUAAUAACCGGGUUUCCGCCUGAUUUGCUUAUCAAACUAGUAUUUUCCACUUGCAACGGUCCGGGCCGCGUCGAAACUUGAAAUUUUCAGGCCUGAUAGGUUCGAACACUUCUGAAGAUUGGCGUGUCCAAACGAGGCGUGUUUUUCAAAUUCAAAACGUUUCACGUUGACUUCAGCGUUGGCUGAUUUUAGGCUGAGCAAGGCAUACGUAAAACCCUUUCUUACCUCUUAUCAGCACUUUUCCGUUCUCACUUCACCUCUAACCACUCAUUCCAUUGCUUCUUUCAGUCGAAUGGAAUCUCUCGAGCAUCAACUACAGAGCGUUGUCCUCUCGGAACAACCGCAAAGCGGCCAGCAAAAGACCGGGCUCGUUGCACUUGCGAAGAAGAAGGAGGCCAACAAAACGCAUGGAACUAAAGUUUUGGUGGACACGAACAUUCGCAGAAUUUGUGGGUUUUUGUGUGCAGGUUCCCGAUCAUUAUAUUAUAAUUUCAGCAAUUCCUGCAAAUCAGCCGAUCUUCAAAUACGCGGUGCAAGUUCUUUUUGUUUAUCGCAAGCCGGACGGCUCUGAAACGGCAGUCGAGAUGUCGAAAUCGACGAAGAAGGGUACGGAGCACGAUAAUGAUAAAGUUCGCUGCCAGAAAGUGUUCAAGAAGGCUGUCGAGCUGUGUCCGGAUUUGCGCGAUGCGGGUUCGCUCUUCUACGAUCGACAGGCCUCCCUGUACUCCUUGAAGCAGCUAAAGGAGAAUAUCGUGUUCACUGUUGUCGAUGGGGUGUCCGAGCGCAAGAACUUCGUCAAAGCGCAGUUCGGCGUCAAAAAAGUGGACGAAUCGUUCCAAUCGACGUCUAAUGACAUCAAGAAUACUGUCAACCCAUGCCCGGCAAACGCUGAUCGUACUCUGCUCGAAGCGCUCAAUAUCAUCGUCAGCAAUCGCGCAUACAACGAGUAUGGACAACUUUCUGAAUUUCUGUCGAAAAAAUUAAUUUCAGCGAUAAUGUCAUCACCAUCGGAGCGUGCGUCCAUUACCUUUACGACACCAAAAAUUUCAAGUAAGUCGUAUUUAAAGAUUGUAUGAUUACUAACUCGUAACUUUCAGGGUUGGUACCGUAUCGUGCCACGAAGGAAACUUGUACUCUGGAGUCGGCGCAUCGAAAGCUGUGAAGACUUUGGAAGGCGAAAAUAAGAAUCUGGGUCUUUAUAUGACAACAGAGAGUGAGAUGGCUGUUUUUUAUUUCGGAUUUUGUAAUGUUUGCUUUCCAGUGAAAACCACUCUGUUCCAUCCGGAUUGGGAGAAUGUUGUCGAUGUCCUGAAGACGUACCGUGGCUUCACUCCUGAUUGGAGCGCUACCUCACAAACCGCUCGCCGAAUCGAAAAAGCUCUCAUUGGACUUGACGUUAUCCUCGAUUACGGACCGCACAAGGGACUGAAAGAAGACGGCGUUGUCAUGAAAAUCCGCGGAUUUUCGUCAUCCGCGCAGGAUACGUUCUUCGAGCACGACGGAAAAAAGGUUUCCGUUGCUCAGUACUUUAAGACUAAGUACCAAAUCACUCUCCGCUAUCCCAAGCUCUUCACUAUUCAAGCGAAGGGAAAGAUGGGAAAGAUCUUCUUGCCGGCCGAGCUUCUCAUUCUCUGUCCGUCUCAAAUCGUUACCAAUGAUCAAAUGAUCAACAAUGAGCAAGCGGAUAUGAUCAAGCUGUCGGCUGCCCAACCACACGCGCGCAAGAAUAUCACCGACACCGUCGUAAAGGCUGUGCGGCUUGUUCCCACUGAUAGAGAGAACGCUACGGAUUUCGUAAAAUUGGAGUCUCCAGUCCAAGUGGAAGGCAUUGUUCUCGCCAAGCCGCAGAUUGUAUUCAACGGGAAUAAACUGGCGGAUCUGAACAACCCAAAGAGCAAAUUUCCUACCGAUUUCGCUCGUGCCGGAACCUACUACAUCCCGAAGAGUCUCGAAAACUGGGAGAUUUGUUUUGUUGAGGGCGAAGAACUUCGGUGAGUCAAACACCUGUUUUUUAACUACGAGUUUUCUUGAUUUCAGUGGAUUGGACGGACAGUUGGUGUCCGAAAUGAGGACCAACGGAAUGCGAGUCCGCGAUCCAGUCACCAGUUUCAUCGUCCGUGGAGAUAUUGAUGUGUGUUUCAAUUGAGUAUAAAAAAUUCGAAAAUGUUUCAGCGCGUCUUCAAAAACGCGAAGGCUGCGAAGAGAGAGCUGGUCUUCUUCGUCAUCAAGGCACGGUAUAAUCUUCAUCAGCAGAUCAAGUCCCUGGAGCAGCAGUACGAUCUGCUGACACAGGAAAUCAAGCUCGAGACUGCGGAGAAGGUGUUCCGUCAACCGCAGACGAGACUCAACAUCGUCAACAAGGUAGGAUUGAAGGUCGACAAACAACGUAAUGGGGUGUGUUUCAGACGAACAUGAAGCUGGGUGGGCUCAAUUUCUUGAUCGGAAGCACUUCGUUCAACAAUCCCGGUCGCUUGAUAAUCGGAUUCGAAACGUCUCAGCGCGGCGGCGGAGGAGGAGGCGGGGAUGUAUGAAUUGAUGCUGUUGACAAAAGUAUUGUUUCUCGAUUUCAGAUGCCGGUUUCCGUUGGCUUCGCCGCCAACAUGCUCGAUCACUUCCAAAAGUUUGCUGGUGGAUACAUAUACGUCAAAAGAGAUCGCGACGUGUGUUCCUACAUUUUUGCUGUUACUCAUGUUUUUUUUUCAGAUUUACGGACCGCUGGUCAAGAACACCGUCGCCACUAUUCUGAAAACUACAAAGAAGAACCGCGGAGCUCCGACAGAUAUCCUCAUCUAUUUCAACGGAGUCAGCGAGGGUCAAUUCUCGAUGGUAGCUCAGAUUUGAUGCGACCUUUUCACCCUUAUUAUUUUCAGAUAAAUGAGCAGUUCUCGAAGAGCGUCAAGGAAGCGUGCACGAUGAUGAGCGCUUCUUACAGACCGAACAUCACGAUUAUUGCUUCGUCGAAAACGCACAACGAAAGAUUGUAUAAGUCCAUUGGGGUUAGUUAAGAGUUAAAAUAAUUUCUACAAUUGGUGUUUUUCAGGGAGGCGUCUCGAACCUGGAACCCGGAACCGUAGUCGACCACACGAUCGUGAACCCGCAUUUCAGCGAGUGGUACCAUGCUUCAGCAGUGGCUCGUCAGGGAACAACGAAGACGACGAAAUUCACGGUGAUUUUCACCACAAACCAGAAUGAGCCACUGUGGAACCUGGAAACUCUGACCAACGAUCUGUGCUAUGAUCAUCAAAUCGUGUUCCACCCGGUCGGCCUUCCAGUCCCGCUCUACAUCGCCGGACGCUACAGCCAGAGAGGAGCCAUGAUCCUCGCAACCAAUGGGUAAACUACUUCUCAGAAGUUAAGUAAAAUCGAUUCUCAUUUUAAGUGUGAUCUACACAAACGGCGUAAUAGAUCUCGAGGCCACCAACAAGCAGCUGGGAUACGGGGACAAAAAAUUGGCAGAAACCCGUUUCAACGCCUAA